GUCAAGAUUUCUGCAGCUCAGUUCAAGUCAUUUAUUCUCUCAGCUUUAAAGGAAUUGCACGGAGAGGUGGGUGCUUCUAUCCCGUUGGACCUGUUGAAGUUUGAUGGACAGACGUUGUACGCCAUCCUGAGAAUUAAAAGCAGUGGCCUCGUGAAGCUGUGGACCUCUCUGACCCUGCUGGGACAAUACCAGGGCCACCAGUGCAGCGUUCGCGUGUUACAGACCUCUCCUUUCCUGUUGGCAUUGGCUGGUAACAGCAGAGAACUGGUGGUAGACUAGAUCUUCCUGAGGAUGUUCCAUCACUUGGUCACCAGUGGCAGGGCACUUGGCGUCUCCUCUAACGUAUCCAGGUUAAGUUGCUUCCAUAAAGUAAGACGUGGGCUGUCACAUCUGCAGGUUGGCGACUGCGCUGAGAUCUCCAGGACCUUCACUCAGAAUGACGUUAAGCUCUUCUCUGAACUGACUGGUGACACUAACCCACUGCAUCUUGAUGAGGCUUUUGCUGAAAACACAAGAUUUGGAAAACCCGUCGUACAUGGGGUUCUGCUCAACGGCCUGGUGUCCGCAGUGUUGGGUACAAAGCUGCCAGGGGAUGGCUGUGUGCUCCUCUCUCAGGACAUUCGCUUCCCGGCACCUCUGCAUGCUGGAGAAGAGGUCGUAGCAAGAGCGCAAGUGACGGCAUUAAAGAGAUCGUUGGCCUUCAUCAGUGUAUCAUGUAUAACCGCUGAAAGCGGCCGGACCGUCAUGGAAGGGAGAGUUAAAGUGCUGAUUCCUGGCGAGUGACCUUAUGACAUUCUUUAAAGGGGUUGUGCAGGCUACAGAUAUUAAAGGGCAUCUGUCAACUGACCUGUUACAUGUGCGCUUGGCAGCUGAAGGCAUCUGUGUUGGUCCCAUGUUCAUAUGUGCCCGCAUUAAGCUUUA